AAUUGACCAACAAGUACAUUAUCCCUUAUAUGGAUACCCCUGAAUUACUUGAAAAUCCACCGGAUGAUUAUCGAUGUGUUAAGAAGGCUGAUUGGGAUGCCUUUGUCCCUGACAGGAUUUCAGAAAAAUUUCAGGAACUGCGUGAUGCACAAAUAGAAAAAAGAAAGGAAAAUCGGUACCCUCAUCGUAUGGCACGUAAAGGAUACGCUAACUUAGAAGCCAAACUGUCCGAGUCAAUCCCCUUAGAGAAACUGGAUCGUGCGACGAUAUGGGUGAAGGCACUACAAGAUAAGAAUGGCUGCUUCAAAGAACCUGAGGUAGAGAAGACGGCAUAAAGAAUUGAAAGGUUAAAGAAAAAGGAGUCUAAUGGAGAGCUUACAACAGAUGGUUCAGAUGAUGUGCUCACCUUAGCAUUAAGGAAGCCAG